AUGCAACUCAACAUAAGAUUCUGCCUCCUGUCGCUGGCAUUUCUGCUGGCUGCACAGGCCAAACCCACCUUUGAUAAGAUGGCUGAGGUGCUGCUUGGCGUACUGGAUGAUAGUCCGCACUACGCAAGAGCGGGACCCUAUAGAUCAUACCCACCACCAGCACCGCUCAUACAGGAGGGUUACGAUCAUGGCUAUGAUUACUAUUAUGGCGGCGGCGGUGGACAUGUCCAUGGCAAUGGUGUGGUUGUUGGCAGUCCCUAUUCCCAGCCCCCGCCACCGCCUGCAUACGGCUACUACCCAAGACCAGCGCAUGGUCCAGUAAAGGGCUACUAUCCGGAACCGCAGUAUCCACAUGGCUAUGCACCUACAGCACCUACUUAUGGACAAGGCUAUGGCAGAUCGGGCGCAAUAGGACCCGGAGUUGGCGGCUACAAGCAACAUGGCUAUUAAAAUCCAUUUGCAUUUGAUACAUAUUUUAGAAAUUACUUAAGAUUAUAAGAAAUGUUUUUUAUACAUAAUUUAUUUAUAUGACU